AAAGAGAACGACAAUGCAGACAAAAAGUUAUACCCGAAAGCAGCACGCCCCCUUCCCCUUCCCUUCCAAAUCUCGUAAUCAUACCACUGCUGCUACUGUUACUUCCUAAUGCGUCUAGGAUAGCUUAGUUUAGCUCGUCUAGCGGCAGCAGCAGCAGGUAGGACUGUAGGAGGCAAGCAGAGGCAGCGUCGCAGCUACCCGCGCCUCGAUCCCACGAAUCCCCCCAGAGGUAAAAAAUCAUCUUUUACGGGGAAAAAGAAGGGAUUUUUGGGUUAUUGGUUCGUCUCUUCCUCCGUUCAUCGCUUCUGUCGGAGUUGGAAGGGGAGGAAGAGAUCGAGGAUAACGAAUCAGGAGGGUAUUUGCAGGACAGUGAGUAGAGAAGUAGUUUCCGUUUCCUCUUAUCUGCUGCAGCAAGAGGAUAUUAACGACAAAGGGUUUACAAAGAACUGGGAGAGUAUGGGCAGAAGCUGCUCUCAUGUCGGAAGCUAGGCUGACACAUCAGAACUGGAGGGAUGUAUAAGAACCAGCUCCAGGAGCUUGCUCAGAGGAGCUGCUUCAAUUUGCCAUCCUACGCUUGCAUCCGUGAGGGUCCAGAUCAUGCGCCCCGGUUUAAGGCCACAGUUAAUUUCAAUGGAGAAACGUUUGAGAGCCCGGCAUUUUCUUCUACUUUGCGGCAGGCAGAGCAUGCGGCGGCUGAGGUAGCUCUCAAUGAGCUGUCGAAGAGGGGACCUUCAUCGACACUGGCCGCAAAAGUUCUGGAUGAAACUGGGAUUUACAAGAAUAUACUUCAAGAAACUGCUCAUCGAGCUGGUUUAAAACUGCCCGUGUACACUACUAUUCGAUCUGGGCCAGGUCAUACACCUGUGUUCACAUGCACAGUGGAGUUGGCAGGAAUGACAUUUACUGGCAAUCCUGGCAAGACCAAGAAAAGAGCUCAAAAGAAUGCUGCAAUGGCUGCCUGGUCUGAACUGAAGCAAUUGCCCCGAGUAGGUGAGCCAUCAUCAUCAUCUCGUCCACCUGAUCAGGAUGAUGAGGAGCAGGAACAGGUCAUAGUUACUCGUACUCUUGCAACCUUGAACCAGGCAAAUGGUGGCAAGACGCCAUAUCAAAAGGAGAGACAGCAAAGCAAUAACCGUCCAUCAUCACGGAGAUCUUAUCCUAAACCAAAUACGCCAUUCUACCGAUCGCAUUUACAAAAUCAGACUUAUCCUAAUGUUCCACCGGAGCAAGCAAUGUACCAUAUGUGGCACAGGGUGCAACCAACACAGCCGAUGCCUCACUUUUCAGUGGUACCAACUAUGGGCAAUACAAGAUUUCCACUGACAGCAGCUAUGCUCUCCAUGUACCCUCCACCUCGAGGGCAAUUUGCCACUCCGGCUAACCAGGAUGCUUUAGGUCUUCUUCCAUGCUUUCCUGAAGCUACUACUGCCCUCCCACGGUACUUCUCACCUUACCCUGUCUCGUAUGUGCCAAGAAGUCAUUUGCCUGCUACUGUGCACAGAAAUCAUGGGAAAAGGCCAGAGCAUACUGAUACAGUUGAGCUUCCUGAUGCCGUGGUCUUCUCCCAAUACUCUUCUCCAGAUUCCUCUAGCACAUCAGACAAUGGUGGUCCAUGCAAGGUUCCAGAACCUCCCAAAAAUGGAAAAGAGGACUUCACUGAGAGUAAUGCUAUCUCUGAGGAAGACAAUAAAGCUCCACGCACGGCCUCAAGCUCUACCACACAUUCAUCGUCACAAAAGUUGGAAUCGACUCAAGAUAAAGAAAGUUCGGGCAGUAAGCAGGCAGGGUCAAAUAAGUCCCAAGAACAACAGGCAAAGCCAUCGCCAUCUUGGGCUAGUCCGUUAGUUCAGCACAGUUCUAUCCAGCGAGAGCACUAUAGUGGCUCUGUUCAGCAUGGAGAGCCUCUACACAACAACAAUCCUCCUCAGAAUAGUCUGCCUGCAUUGCCGGAGUUGUGGUCUUCCCGCUUGCAAGCUGCACUCGGAUUUGGAACUGCAGUUUCUGUAAAUUCACCAGGUUCGGUAUACCAGCAGCGACCUCCUUGGUUGGCUGCCCCUGUUACAGUCAGAACUGCUGUUCCCGUUUGCUCAGCGAGGCCAAAUGUUGUGAAUUCUACUUCUGGGGCAGCUCGAAUCAGACCUGUUGCCCAGAACCGCUCUCCCACAGCUAGAGGUGAGCUCGAACCUCGCAGGGAUAACAGAGAAAGAGACCCGAACAGCGCCGCAACAGCGAGUUCUGAACUCAAUAAGCUCCAUAUUUGAGCCACAGUUUUUGGUUCUGCUGAGCUUUAGUUAGGUCUGAGGCUUGGCAGUAUCCCAGUUUUGUUUGCUUCUUUUUUCCCUCCCUUAUGUUUUUAGUUAGAUAGCCUGAACUCUUGAAAGAGUCGUGUGAGAGGAGCCGGGCUCACGGUUUCCGCACAUUUAGAUUCUACACAUAUUACUUCUUUAUCAAUUUAAGUGAAUGGGAAUUAUAAUAUAGAGAAUGCACAAUUUUCCUCGUGUGAUUACCAUUGAGAAUUUAAUUUA